UGUUCUGAAGAUAUUGUGCUCUGUCUGUGUCUUUCGCUUUGUGUUGUGGGUCUGGUUUCUUCUCACCAACCGAACUUUUCUUUCGCUGUCAUGUCUUCGAAGACCACUACUACGAGGAAGAGAAAGUCACGGAGUAGAAUGUCCGUGGAUGAGACUCUUGCCAAGUGGAAAGAGAAUCAGAUUCAGCUUGAGUCUAAACCAAUUCUGAAAAUUCAAGGGAUUGGGUCUAAGAAAGGAUGCAUGAAAGGCAAGGGAGGGCCUGAGAAUUCAAAAUGUAAAUACAGAGGAGUGAGACAGAGGACGUGGGGUAAAUGGGUUGCAGAAAUUCGGCGUCCAAAUGGGGGAAACAGGCUCUGGCUUGGUACUUUCGCAACUGCUUAUGAAGCUGCUCUUGCUUAUGAUGAUGCCGCAAAGACUAUGUUCGGUUCUCGUGCUCGCUUCAACUUUCCAGAAGGGUUCAAUUCAACGACUGCAUCAAACAACUCUGCGGUCUUUGCUGUUGACGAGAGCACACCUGUUUCCCCCAACUUGGGGAAUGAGGAUGUAGAAAGCAUUGCAUUUGCUGACAAUGAUGCUGCAUCUGUUGAGGACAAGAAUGAGGCUGGGAAAGGUACUAACAUGGCCAGCUGUACGAUACAAGAAGAUCUGACAUGCCAUUUCAUGGAUGAGGAUGGAAUAUUUGAUUUGGGUGACAUUCCCGAUCUUUCCGGCGAUGAUUUCUUUAGCAACAUCGAAUCGCUAUUUAACUUCGAUUUUGAUGCUGGUCAUUUGGGAUUUCUUGGUGAUGACCAAUGCGGAAUGCCAUAAGAUCUUACAGACAGCUGCGAACUCCAUAUGACAAGUUGCUAGGGGUCUCAAUCAUAUGGGUAGGCACCUUCCAGAGUUAAUUAAUGGAGUAGUAUAAGAAGGAUGAUAGGUCUGAAUCAUGUCAAUUUUGUUUGACAUGCUGAUUUUUAUAGUUGAUUCUUUAAAUUUUUGUAAUUUUUUUGUACGUGAUUCUCUAAAGGUUUUAGAUUGGGGAAUUUAACUGCCUUUUUUCUCUGUAAGUGAUUCUUUAUAGGUUUUAGAUUGGGGAAUUUAACUGCUUUUUUUUUUUUUCCUCUGUAAGUGAUUCUUUAUAGGUUUUAGAUUGGGGAUUUGGGGGUAUAUAAAUUUACAUGUUGUAAAUGAACGACCUUUAUGGGUCAGGA